ACUACUGUAGGAAAUAUGCAUAUGGUAAUGAUUUUAAUUAUUCAUCAAAACAUGUCUGAAAUAAAGAAGGAAAGUAAAAGUGUUGAAACUCAAAACAAUGUUUCAACAGAAACAGUGAAGUUGGAUGAAGAACAAAUAAAAAUCAAUAACAAAUUGAAAGAACGGUUGAGAAAGUAUAUAAAAAAGCUUGAUGAAACUGGCACCAGUACUACAAAAGAAGAAAGCGAAAAGAUAGAAUUAGGCACAUUCAAACAACUGUACAAACCGAAAAUAGACGGUAAUGAAUCCUCGUACAAGAAAAUACCAAAAUUCUACUUCAAAUUACCGAGAUCUGACGAUGUUCUAUCACAGAAGUUAAGAGAAGAAACAAGAGCUCAGUUCUUACAGAAGAAAAGCAAGGAAUUGCUUGAUAACAGUGAGUUGAAGCAUCUAUGGAGUCUUCUGGAGAAAUCCAAUGGGUGCUAUAGUAUGGCAAACAGUGAUGAGCUGACAAUUGAUUAUUUGCAGUUCAGGAAGGUUCGGGAUGAAGCGGGACCUAAGUAUCGACCCUACUUCACAGCAGAGGUAUUCGGAAGGCUCCAAGCCGCAGAGGGUGGUGUCGGUCGAGUGCGAGGGGUUUCUCUAUUUAACUAUGUGAUGAGGAGGGUCUGGUUGCAGCAGACGAGAAUUGGACUUUCCUUGUAUGAUGUGACUGGACAAGGGUACUUGACGGAGCAUGAUCUAGAAAGCUACAUAGCAGAACUAGUGCCAUCUCUAGCUGCCCUGGACGGUCUAGAUUCUUCAUUCACAUCGUUCUACGUGUGCACAGCGGCAAGGAAGUUCCUCUUCUUCUUAGAUCCGCUAAGAGUGGGAAGGGUUAGGAUCAGGGAUGUACUGUCGUGCUCGUUUUUGGAUGAUCUGCUGGAGCUUCGCGAAGAAGACCUUCCAAUGGAACUCCAAGAGCAGAACUGGUUCAGUGCAGCAUCAGCUCUGAGGGUCUACGGCCAGUACCUCAACCUGGAUAGAGAUCAUAACGGGAUGCUGAGCAUCAAUGAGUUGGCUGGAUACGGUUCAGGCACAUUAACCCGCGCGUUCCUACAGCGCGUCUUCCAACAGUGUCUAACGUACGACGGUGAAAUGGACUACAAGACAUAUCUGGAUCUAGUUCUAGCGCUAGAGAACAGACGGCAACCAGCCGCUUUGGCGUAUUUGUUCAGAGUACUAGAUAUAAACUCGCAAGGGUAUUUGGAUGCGUUCACACUGAAUUAUUUUUUUAAGGCGAUACAAGAACAAAUGAUAGCCCACGGCGCGGAACCGGUCAACUUUGACGACGUUAAAGACGAAAUAUUCGACAUGAUCCGUCCAGAACAUCCGUCUAGAAUCACUUUACAGGACUUAGUUAGGAGUGGGCAGGGUCAUACUGCUGUGUCUAUAUUGUUGGAAUUACAUGGUUUCUGGGCGUAUGAGAAUAGAGAGGCGUUGGCUGCGGCUGGAGAUCAUUCGUGAAUGUUCUGGAUGGUUCUGGAAGGUUCUGGAAAGUUCUGGAGUGUUCUGGAAUGUGGAAAAGUGGUUAGGGUCAUACUGCUGUGUCUAUAUUGUUGGAGUUACAUGGUUUCUGGGCGUAUGAGAAUAGAGAAGCGUUGGCUGCUGCUGGAGAUCAUUCGUGAAUGUUCUGGAUGGUUCUGGAAAGUUCUGGAAGGUUCUGGAAGGUUCUAGAAGGUUCUGAGAGGUUUUAGAAUGAUGAGGAUUGCUGUGGAAAGUGGUAAUCCAAGAACAGUCUCUUUUUGAUGCUCCGACAAGAUCGAUGUUAUUACGACAUUUGUUCAGUUUUGCAUUUAGUGAUCUAAAAGAGAGUUGACCUUACAAAAGUGUAGUUAUUGUUUAUACUUACACCGUUUAUAUUACUUUGUAAUAUAUUUUACAUGUGUAAUAAAAAAUUGAACCAAAA